AUGUUGUCAACUGGCAAACGCAGUUUAUCAAAAGAGGACAUCAAAGUCGCGGAUAAAGAUGAAAAAGAAUCAUUAUUGGAGCACGACAGCGAUCUUGAUGAAGAAAUGUUAUUUACUCAGCCAAGUACAUCAAAUGAAGACACAAAAGUCGAUCAUAAAAUGGACAGUGUCAAGCUACAGAUUCAAGAAGUAACGGAUGUGAUGCGAGAUAAUGUACAAAAGGUGAUGGAUCGCGGUGAAAGAUUAGAGGAUUUACAAGAGACGAGUGAUCGUCUGAGCAUGGCUGGAAACGAAUUCAGAGAAGCCGCCAGGAAAGCGCAACGAAGAGCCUGGCUGCAGAACGUGAAAUCGAGGAUAAUAAUUGUCAGCAUUACCGUGACGAUCGUGCUUUUCAUUGUCGUAUCCAUCGUCGUGAAGUACACCUGA